GGGAGUUAACUGUCGCUGAUAGUCUGACCGAGUUGCAACAAUGUUGCCCUCACCUAACAUUUUGACCAGAUCCGCUACCCGAUUGGUGUCAUACUCAAAGUUUUGGAGUCAAGGGCAUCUGUGGUGCCCAUGCCGGAAUGUCUCCGUUAAACCAGAAGGGUGGAAACCGCAGAAGGUUCCACCAAGAUACCUCGGCCAGUGAGGUGACCCCUGGCUUAACCCAAACAGAGUUUGAUCUCCGUCGGCAAAGACUGGCCUCUCUCAUUGAGGUUCAGGCAGAUCGGCUGGGACCCACUGUUUCGUCCAACAAACACCUCGUCAUAGUCCUCUCCCACCCAAUCCGCUACAUGACCAAUGACAUCCCCUACCCCUUCCACCAGAACCAGGACUUCCUCUACCUCACAGGCAUCCUUGAGCCAGACAGCGCCCUGGUUCUGUGUGGUACCGGCCGCCCGGACCAAGCCAUCCUCUUUGUACCCCGCAGGGACCCGGCCAGGGAGCUGUGGGACGGGCCCAGGUCAGGGAAGGACGGGGCGGCAGCGUUGACGGGGGUGGAGAGGGUCCACUGCACAGAAGAGUUGGGACUUGUACUCAAAAGCCUUAAAGGUAGCACUGUGUGGUAUGAUGGCUCCAAGCCCUGCCACCCUGGGCUCCACCAGACCCAUGUUCGGCCCCUGUUGGAAGGGGGGCCCAUGGUGCGCUCUCUCAGACCCCUUACACACUCCCUCAGGGCCCUCAAGAGCCCAGCCGAGGUGGCUCUCAUGAAGGAGGCUGGUCGCAUCACAGCACAGGCAUUCAAGAAGACUAUGGGUAUGUCUCAAGGGGACAUUGAUGAAGCUCUACUGUAUGCUAAGUUUGAUUUUGAGUGCCGUGCCCAUGGAGCCAAUUUCUUGGCCUAUCCUCCUGUGGUUGCUGGUGGAAACCGAGCCAAUACACUUCAUUACAUAAACAACAACCAGAUUGUCAAGAAUGGGGAGAUGGUGCUACUUGAUGGAGGGUGUGAAUACUUCUGUUAUGUCAGUGAUAUUACUCGCACCUGGCCGGUGAACGGAAAGUUCAGCCCUGCCCAGGCAGAGUUGUAUGAGGGGGUGUUGGAGGUGCAGAAGGCCUGUCUGUCUCUGUGCUCCCCAGGAGCCAGUCUGGACCACAUCUACAGCACCAUGUUGGCUCUGCUGGGACGCCAACUCAAACAGCUGGGUAUCGUGAAGGGCUCCACCAGUGAUGCUGAUACACUUAAGGCGGCACGGCGCUACUGCCCCCACCAUGUUGGUCACUACCUGGGCAUGGAUGUACAUGAUACCCCUGAGCUUUCCCGCUCUCAGCCCCUCCAGCCUGGAAUGGCAAUCACAAUAGAGCCAGGGCUGUACAUAUGUGAGGACGAUGACCAGGUUCCAGAUCGAUUCCGUGGACUUGGGGUGAGAAUAGAGGACGACGUUGUGAUCCGAGAAGAGAUAAACCCCUUGAUCCUGUCCUCUGACACACCCAAAACCAUUGCUGAUGUUGAAAGAGCCUGUGCACAGAGUUGGGGCUGAGAGAGACUAGACAUGGGGAGGGUAUAUACCUUGCUCCCAACUGGAGUGUGACUGUAUACACUCCUCAAAAUGCUAAGUGUGAGAAAGAGUGAGUGUUCAUCCCUCUCGAGUGACUGGUCACAUUUCAGUGGGUUCGUCUUCAGUAUAUUGGCGAUUGCACAAUUUAAUGUGCAUCCUGCCACCUACUGUGUGGGAUGGAAACAGGGUUUCCCCAAAAAAUGGAACUACCAACAAAAACGAACAAACUACCAAAAAUAAAUAUCAAACAACUUCACUGUUAAAAAAAUUAACUAAUCUGAUCCCUACACAGGCUCAGGGGGAGCCUGGGAGGGCGGGCUGUCUUCUGGCGCCAAUACCCCUUCCAAGUGCUUCAGAUGUGUAAACUAAACAAAAAUAUAAACGCAACAUCUAAAGCUCUGUUAGUGAGCAUUUCUCUUUUGCAAAGAUAAUCAAUCCACCUGACAGGUGUGGCAUAUCAAGAAGCUGAUUAAACAGCAUGCUCAUUAAACUGGUGCACUUUGUGCUGGGAACAAUAAAAGGCCACUCUAAAAUGUGCAGUUUUGUCACACAACACAAUGCCACAGAUGUCUCAUGUUUUGAGGGAGUGUGCAAUUGGCAUGCUGACACGGCAGGAAUGUCCAAACAGAGCUGUUGCCAGAGAAUUUACUGUUAAUUUCUCUACCAUAAGCCACCUCCGACGUUGUUUUAUAGAAUUUGUCAGUACAUCCAACCGGCCUCAACCACAGACCACGUUUAACAAUGCCAGACCAGGACCUCCACAUCUGGCUUCUUGCCGGGGGAUUGUCUGAGAAGGGGGGGGGGGGGGGUUGUAUUUCUGUCUGUAAUAAAGCCCUUUUGUGGGGGAAAACUCAUUCUGAUUGGCUGGGCCUGGCUCUCCAGUGGGUGGGCCUGGCUCCCAAUUGGCGGUGGGCCUGGCUCCCAAUUGGCUGUGCCCCUGCCGGGUCAUGUGAAAUCCAUAGAUUAGGGCCUAAUGAAUUUAUUUCAAUUGACUGAUUUCCUUCUAUGUACUGUAACUCAGUGAAAUCUUUGCAAUUGUUGCGUUUAUAUUUUUUGUUCAGUAUAAAAUCCUUAAGUCCCAAAAACGUUUCUGCUGCAAGCCACAAUAAUGUUCAGUUUCUUAGACUUCUUUGAGAGUUGAGUUGAGCACCACAAUAUCCACCUUUUUAACACAGGGUAUCUUUUGACUGGCAGCAAACAUUUACUACAGGCGGUGGUACAUCCACUACCAUGUUUUCACUAGCAUCACUUGUUUUCCCAAUUAUUUAUAUGGGUUUCUGGAGGACUGCUUGAUUAUUCCUCAUGGAUCUGAAUGUGGUAAUGUUUUCAUAGUCUUUUCUAUUGUAAAAAUUGAAAAUGUCUGUUCUCACAACUAAUACAAUUCACAGGUUCCUUGCUGGAUAGGAGAGCAUUAGAUAAUGGCUCUAUUGUGCAAGAAUUGUCUCAUUUAUUAGGAUUGUGUGUGUUAGUUUUUAUACGUAGUCAUGUCUAAUUGAAAAUGCUGUUAUAACAGAAUAUUCAGUUCUAUUAUUUGUAACGGGUGGUCCUAAAUCUACCUAAAUGAGACACCUGAUAUAGCCUAUAUGAGCAUCGUUUGCCGCAAUGAUAAUCUUAUUUGUAUCGAUAGAAGCGAAGCGCCCUCUUAAAUAUAUUCUGAUAUGUUGGUGGAACACGACUGCCCUCUACAGAUGAUAGCACUAGUAUUGCCGCUCCGAAAAAAUACGAAAGGAUUUUCCGGGCAAACCCGAGUACCAACCCCCUUCACGCCUAAUGUUGCUGUACCUCACCUCCCCCGUAUCAGAGGAGUAGAAACAACAAGCCGCCAUUUUGUUUGUGCGGACAGACGGAGAGAGGCAGGAGAUACCGAGAAAGAAAGCGACUUCAGCACCGAUAAUAGCGACUCCGAGACCCGCCGGUGAAAGAGUGGCAAUGUCGUGUCGGUGCGAAAAGAGGGAAGAAAGUAAAAAUAAAAGAUAAGGCAGAAGAAGAAUGAGGGAGUGAAUAAAAGGGAAAUUCUCUGAAAAUCCAAGGAAGGGGUGUUUUUACGGAGUGGAGCGGAGAGGCGGAAGAAGGCAAUAUAUUUAACGAAGAAAAAACCUGCGAGCGAAAGAAAAAUACAACAUGAAAAAAAAAUCGUAAUUUACCCAUCGCCACAGAUGAAAAAAUGCCCGCAUAGACAAAUAUACCGAUAAUUGUAUAUUGGGUAUUUGAGGGGGAAGUAAAAAGGAAGGUUUAAAGGAAAAUAUAAAUUAGGAUAAUCGUGAAGGGGGGCAUUUACCACCACAAAGACUCAAAGGAUUUUGUGGACCACAUAUGUUUGGGGGUGUUGCUAUCAUUAUUUUAUGGACGAAGCUUGACACUUUUCUAAAAUAGCCAUAAUGUUGUAGCGACCCCCUCGCUUUAUCAGAUUUUCGCUCAUCGCUGUG